AUGGAGCAGAGUGAAAAGGCGUCACCGGCGCUGAAGAAGGCUGAGUUUUCGGCAACGAAGAAGCAGUUGGAUUUCACGGUUAAUUUUAAAGCCUCAAUGCUAGAUUCGGGAGCGAGUUUCAAUGGGAUUAUGAUAUUGCCGGAGCAUCCGCAGGCUCAGUUACAGUCCAAGUUGCUGGCCUUAGCGCAGCCAAAGAAAUUGCAUGCCGAUGCAAGGUCUCAAUUGCCGCCGACAAUGGUGGCACAACUUAAAUCGCCGCCAGGAACAGUGACGCCAGUAGCACCGCGGUUGGCUCGCCCGGUGAAAUCGAUUCCGGUGCCUCGGCAUAAAUCUGCAAUGCUUCCAAUAGUGAAGGUAGCAUCUCCAAAAUCACGGGAACGGUGUGAUAUGGAGCAAAUGGAGGGCACUCCAAAGAAGAAAAAGCAAUGCAAUUGCAGAAGUUCACGUUGCUUGAAAUUGUACUGUGAGUGCUUUUCUUCUGGGACUUAUUGUGAUGGAUGCAACUGCUUCAAUUGUCACAAUAACAUAGAACAUGAGUCUGAUAGAAAAGAUGUAAUGGAUGUAAUUAAAGAGCGAAAUCCAGAGGCCUUUAAACCAAAGAUUGCUAACAGUCCACACAGAGCCAGAGACGGUAUGGUAGAGGGAGGUGAGGUUACAAUGGAAAGAAAACAUAACAAAGGAUGCAAUUGUAAAAAGUCUGGAUGCCUCAAGAAGUACUGCGAGUGCUUUCAAGCCAAUAUUCUAUGCUCUGAAAACUGUAAAUGCCUCGACUGUAAAAACUUUAAAGGAAGUGAAGAGAGAAAGGCUCUUUUUCAUGGACAUCCUACGGAUUCUAUGACUUGCAUGCAACAAGCAGCCAAUGCUGUCAUUAGUGAAGCCAUUGGGCUAUCUGGUUUUGGAUUAUCACAGCGCAAGAGGAAUGGAAAUCAGCGGAUUGUUUUUGGGUCGAUAACUGAUAAUCAAUCCAAUAACAGGGUUUCACAAGUUCAUCAGGAAACUUGCUUAACUUCAGGUGCCUCUUAUCCCACAUCAUUGGUUCACGCAUCUGGACCUGAUUCUACAACAGUGUUCAGACUUUCAAAAUCCUCUUAUAGGUCUCCUCUAGCUGGAAUUCUCCAACCACGACAUGUUGAGGAAUUCUGCACACUUUUAGUCGGAGUAUCAGCAGAAGCUGCAAAGUCUCUUUCAGAAGAAAAGAGAACAAGCAAUAAUGACAAGGCCACUUUGGAUCAAGCUGAAAUUGCAGACGUGCAAAAGCAACCCAGUGCUCAGGAGUUGCCCGGAAACCAUGAAAAUGGAGUUCAAACUUCCUUAUCAGAGUCAACUACAGGUGAAUUUCAGAAUGAUCGGCCAGUGUCUCCCGGAACACUUGCAUUAAUGUGUGAUGAAAACGAUCUCGUGUUCACUCAAAUCGACAUUCCAUCUAGGAUUUCGGGAUCCAAUACAAGGACUACUAUGAAUUUGCACGGGUCAGACUACUUAUAUUCAGAACAAGAAAGACUUGUAUUAACUAGGUUUCGUGGUUUUCUCAACAAACUUAUCACUCGUGGAAGCAUAAAAGAAACAGAACUAGAACAGGAAGCCAAAAAGAAUCUUUGA